GAAUGAUUUGUCGCUUGUGUUUGAAAGAAGUUAAUGAAUUUAAAAGCGUCUUUGAUGCGGCGGAGUCCAAACUGGAUAUGGCCUCAAUAAUUGCAAAAUAUUUUUGGUUUGAGCUCCAACAAAACGAUCAAAUAUCAACAGUAAUUUGUAAUAAUUGUUGGCUUAAAGUCUCUGAUUUCCAUGAGUUCUAUAAAAGUGUUGAGAAAGCUCAGAGCAAUUUAGGCGAGAAUGUCGUAGUGAAACUAGAAAACAAUAAUGUAGAGCAUUCCAUAGAAAAUGUUAUGAUUCAAUCGAUUCCUUUUUCAAAUAAACUUGAGCCCAAUGAUGAUUUGAACGAAUCCAAUGAUGAGGAUCCUUUCGAGAUGCCAAUAGAUGAGGCGGAUAAUAAUCCAUCAUUACUUUUAAAAGAAAACGAUUUCAAUGACAAACGUUUUAGCACUAAUGCUGCGGAAGAAGUUAGGAAUGUCAUUAAUUACAAAGAUGAAAAAUUUGAUGAUGACGAUGGCGACCCAUUUAAUAGCGAGGAAACAAAAAUUGGCAGCAAAAGAGAAAGUACUAAACUAUCAAAAAAGGAAAAAUCUGUCAAGUCUGCAAGAACGAUUAGAAUGAAACAUGCUUCGCCCAAAUUACCACGGAAUGCAAAUGAAAAAUGUACAAGAAAAUUGAGAAAAAACGAAAACAAUGAUUCAAAAAAGACAAAAGUGAAAAAACCCCUUGAAGAUCCCAAAAGUUUGGCUAUCGAUGAGGAGAUCGCUAAGUUUAUGAAACUACAAUGUGAGCGAUGCAAGUUGGAAGUUGCAAACUUUAGCGCUCUUCAAAGUCAUAUGCUCACCGAACAUAAAAUCAAAGGUUACGCCCGAUGUUGUCAUAGGAGAUUUUCGUCGCGAUUUUUGCUAAUUGACCAUAUACGACAGCAUUCAAAUCCUGACAGUCUGAAAUGCGAACCAUGUAAUCGUGUUUUUGCCGAUCGCAAUUCUAUGCGCAAUCAUUUGCUAAUCAAACAUCAAAAAGACGAAGAUAAAAUGUUUUCUUGUUCUCGAUGUCCAAAGAAGUUUGUUAGAAUGUAUUUGCUGCGGCAACAUGAGCUAGUGGGCCAUAGCGAUCACAAAAAUGCUUGUCUGGCUGUUGACGAAGAGAUCGCCAAGUUUAUGCCGUUGCAUUGCGAGUUAUGUAGUGUAGAGGUGGAAAAUUUCACAGCUCUUAAAGGCCAUAUGCGUGUUGAGCAUAAUAUGAAGGGUUAUAUGAGAUGUUGCAAUAGAAAAUUUUUUGAACGUGGCUUACUUGCUGAGCAUAUACGCACACACCUAAACCCUGCUUGUUACAAAUGUGAGAAAUGUAGUCUUGUUUUUCCGGACCGUAAGUCCAUGCGUAAUCAUUUUCUUAUGAUUCAUCAAAAGAAGGAAGAUAAACCUUUUGCAUGUUCACAAUGUUCUAACAAAUUUGUUACCGUAUACUUGUUACAAUUACAUAAAGUGGUUGCUCAUGGUGAUCCCACAAAUACUUGCAAAAGCUGCAGUAGAAAGUUCAACACUGCAGGUGAAUUAACGGCUCAUAUUAAAGAGCAAUGUCUAUGCGACACAUGCGCGGAAGUUAUAUGUGGAGUUGCAGCUUUUCAACAUCAUAUACUGGGUCAUGAAAAAAGUCUUGCGGGCUCGAAAGAUUCUAAUGUUUGUGAUAUUUGCCGCCAAGAUAAACUUUGUGUUCAUAAUACUACACGUACUUUCGAUAGCAAGGUCUCCUCUUUCCAUGAAAAUUUUCCAUUCCCUUAUCAAUACACAUCUACAUCGCAAGAAAAUGCGUCCACAACGAUGCUUACGCACCCGAAUUAUACUCACUCUUCAGGCGACCAUUGA